GGCGCAGGCAGAGAUCAGUGAACAGCGCUCCAUUGAAUAGGCGUGAACUACAGGACGUCAGGCGCGUCGACCAACGAAAAAGCAGCAUCGGAUCUUGGGGAGUUUUCAAACCACUGGAAACCAUUUGCCUCGUUUGGAGCCGAUCAGCUCGCUCGCUGCUGCAGCAUGCUAGCAGUUCAACGGCAGAGAACGACAGUCAGAUAUUGAAGUCACGCAAGAGCAUAGCGCUUGCUGUGCUGUUCCUAAUCCGAUCGACCAGUAGCGGCAGCAACCACGGAAUUCUCAGCGGUCGAAGCAAACACAGUCCAGCAGUUCACGGCUGAGGGCAGUCCAGGUUGCCUCUGCCGCUCGGACUUUGAGCAAUGGCCACUGUCGCAGAAGACAGCGGUACCGGUGGAGAAGUGGAGGACGGAUCGGCCGACACGACUGGCGAUUCCAUAUUCACCGGCGAUGGGCAAAGGUUGAACCAAGGCCCCAUGACUAUAGCCAGAGCGUUUGCACUACUGCUACAUCAUGAUGAGCGGUCCAGCGCGAAAGGAUUUCUGAUCGUGUUCGUCAACAGCGCAAGCGACCAGUCCACCGUCCACAUUGCUGCCCGGUUGGUUGACGGGUCCCACAAGCUCAUCAAACUGGAUCGCACUGGACAGUUGUGGACGCUGGACGAUCCGAGCUUCAGAAACCAGCGUUUCGCCACCUUGGCAGAGCUAGUGUUUUACUACAGUGCACGCAAUCGACACAUCGUGCCCGUGGAUCUUGCCUCUGCACAAGAACGAGAGCAGCAGUCUGAGCCGAGUGAGGAGCUCCUGGAGCGCGGUGCGGCGAUCGCGCGCCAGUUUGAAGUGGGCGGACUUCCCCGACAAGUCAGUGAUGCUUCCGGCAUGGAAGACGAUGAUGAUGACGUUCUACCGCCUCUGUCCAGCGUCCUGAGUGGAAAUAGACGGGCCAGCGGCGAUACGAACUUCCGACAGCGUGCAAUGACGGUGCCUGCCUCCGUUGCCGCCCCCGAGCCUCAGGCAACGGCGGUGCCUGCAUCCGUUGUCACAACGGAGCCUCAGGCGUCAGAUGACGGACGGCUACAAAACACUAUUACAGACGGCCACAUAGAAUACACGUUUGCGCCAAACACACGUCAAGAACGGGCACACACGGUGAGCGAACCGAACAACACCGACAUGGCAUCCCGGCCGACUGAUGGUCAGGGAGCAAUAAGUAGAGGCAGCCGUGCCGUCAAUCCAUCGCGACUCAGCAUCGAAUCCUCAAUCCAGCGAGAAGCAGCGGCAAUCGUUAACGAUGACAUGAACGCGGACGUGUUCGGCGCCCUGUCCACUGCACAGACGGAGGCGCAGGAGACGCACGUCGAGGAUGUCGGAUGCAUGCGUACGUGCUGCCUGCCCAUCUGCGUCAAGUGCUCGGCGCAGCACGAUGCCGGUCUGUUGCAGCGCUGCUCGGCGUCGUCAGCACUCUGCCUGCGAGACCGAUGCGGCUGUGGCGGCAGAACGGAAGCAGACUCUCCACCGGACGUCACCAGCACGAGAAGAACGAAAUCGGUGUGGCGCGUGAUCGGUACGUGCUGUUGCUACGUCGAUACCGCCGAGGAGCCGGUGUACGCAAUGCGACGACGCGGCGUAGUGCCACUCGCGGGGCUGUUCGUUGCUCACUUGGCCUGGGGCAUCGUGUACUUCUUCAUCAUGAUUAUCAAGGUUGUGCUUGCCGGUACGGCAACGCUAUACGCAGUGAUCCAGGACUUCAACUGCUAGACUGUGCAUGACCGUGAACAACACUGUGCGCAGAGAUCCAGGGUUUCAACUGCAAGACUGUGCAUGACCCUGGCCAACACUGUAUGCAGUGAUCCAGGACUUGUGAACUGCCAGACGGUGCAUGAUCGUGAACAACACCGUGUGUGCUGCACAACUAACAUUAUCCUUGCUCCAGACCAGUGCAGUUACUGAUCCUAGCUGUACACCUGUUGACGAUUUCUCCAAGUCUAGCGUAGCUGAGGCAUGAUCGUAUUCGAGAGUUUGUAACCUGCGCUGGCCUUCUGACUAGCUAUUGAAUUUAUCCUGUAUUACCAUGUUUGUAUUCAAAGGUAACAAACGCUUUUUUUAAAGCCACCCAUGAUAUGCAUCCAGAGACUCCAAACACACCCAGAUAUAGAAAGAGAACAUUGAACCUGAUGACAAUUUAAAAUAUUAAAGGCGACCAUGUUCACCACGUGCAUCUACUGCUUACACAGCUGCAUAAUGCCGUUAAUUAUUAUUUUUAAAGUUUUACUUUUAUUAUUUUUUCGGCAACGCAGAUGAUGAUGAUGAUGAUGUUCACCUCAUA